UGCAGGGCCUUCGAGCAGGCAGGGAUGAUGCUGAAGGACAUGCAGAGGUUGCCUGAAGCUGUGCAGUACAUAGAGAAGGCCAGCAUGAUGUACGUGGAGAACGGCACUCCAGACACCGCCGCCAUGGCCCUCGACCGAGCCGGAAAGUUGAUUGAAGCUCUGGAUUUGGCGAAAGCCGUUCAUCUGUACCAGCAGGCAGCAGGGGUGUUCGAGAACGAGGAGCGACUGCGGCAAGCAGUGGAGCUCGUCGGCAAAGCUUCCAGACUUCUUGUUAGACAACGGAAGUUUGAUGAAGCUGCCGUGUCCCUUCAGAAGGAGAAGAACAUGUAUAAAGAAAUCGAGAAUUAUCCGACGUGUUUUAAGAAAACGAUCGCACAAGUGCUGGUGCAUCUGCACAGAAGAGACUAUGUGGCGGCAGAGAAGUGCGUGCGGGAGAGCUACAGCAUCCCAGGAUUCAGCGGGAGCGAGGACUGCGUGGCCAUGGAAAAAUACUCAUUUGAGCACACUGUCGUCUCGCAUGUUCUCCAGUAUGCAAAGCUUGCCCUCAGCCUGACGGUGCCUGGAGGAGGGAAGAAGAAAGCUGCUGCUGCUGCUGCCGCUGGAGAUUCAGGAGCCGCGCCGCCGGAGGAAGAGGAGGAUGAGUACGCUGGAGGCCUCUGUUAA